CAUUCUAAUUUUACAAACAUACCUACCUACAUAAAUUAUACAAAAACUUUAUUAAUGGACAUUAAAAAACACCUCGAUUAAGUUGUAACAAUGUAUAAACUUUGCUCGUACACUCUCCUUACUGUUAUUACUGUCGACAUUUUGGGAACAUGUGGCGAUAUUACCAUAACAUGGACCUCUCCAGUCCUCCCCAAGCUCUACUCAAACGACUCAAACACAAACCCGUUAGAUCGCCCCAUAACCCCCGAUGAAGAAUCCUGGAUUGGGUCCCUAAUCAACAUUGGUGCUCUAGUCGGCCCUUUCCCUUUUGGCUUCCUUUCGGAAAAGCUCGGUCGAAAAAUCUCACUUCUGUGCAUUUCCAUCCCUUACAUCGUCUCCUUUGGCAUACUAGCCCUACUGCAGCACAUCUACUGGUAUUACUUCGCCCGGUUCUUAUCCGGGAUAGCCCUCGGCGCCGGAUGCACGCUCCUCCCUUUGUACAUCGCGGAAAUUGCCGAAGACUCAAACAGGGGGAUGUUAUCAGUGUCCCUGAACAUAUUCUGGACUUUUGGGAACUUGAUACCGUAUGUCCUGGGGCCCUACAUGUCGAUUCUAGCGUUUAAUCUCACGCUAGCGUCCGUGCCGUUGCUUUUCUUUGUCCUGUUUGUCACAAUAGCGCCGGAAACGCCGUACUAUUUGAUAAGCAGGGACAGGAUUGACAAGGCUGAAGAAAGUUUGAUGAAGCUGAGAGGACGCAGUCGAAGUGUGGUCAGUAAGGAAAUUAUCCACAUGCAAUCAUCGAUGAACCAGGAAAGCAAAGGGAGCUUCGGUGAUUUAUUUAAAACCAAGGCGAACCGCAAGGCUCUAGCAAUUUCAGUGAUUCUGAUGAGCUUCCAGCAGUUUUCGGGAAUUAGUGCGAUUUUGUUUUACACCCAGCUCAUUUUUGAGGCCACGGGGUCCAACAUUUCGGCCGAAAUCUCCUCGAUAAUUAUCGGUCUAGUCCUGUUCUUCACCAGUUUGAUUAUUCCGUUUUUCGCGGACCGGAUAGGGCGUAAGUUGUUUCUCAUGGUGUCAGCUUUCGGGAUGAUGACAGCACUGGCACUUUUCGGCGCCUUUUUCUACAUGAAGGACACGGUUCGGUACGACGUCACUUCGUUCUCUUGGCUGCCGAUUUUGAGUUUGGUGCUGUACAUCGUGUCCCUCAAUUUGGGGUUUAGCCCUUUGCCGUGGACAAUCAGUUCUGAGUUAUUCUCGCCAAAUGUCAAGUCCUUCGGAAUCUCCAUAGUGUCGUUCUUUUGCUGGUUCGAUAGUUUCAUUGUUACGAAAUUUUUCAACGACGUGAAUGAGGCUUUCGGUAAAGAGGGGACGUUUUGGUUGUUUUCGGGCUUCUGUCUACUGGCCGGUGUGUUUACAUUCGUGUUUGUACCAGAAACCAAAGGGAAAAGUUUCCAAGAAAUACAAGAAAUUCUCGAAAAGUAAUAACAUUGAAAUAGUUAAUUUAUCAGUCGUCCGUUCGCAUUCAACAAUUUUAUUUUAUUAGACCCAUCAUUUUUCAUUAACUUUCUUAUGACAUUACUUCGACAGCAACUUGUUACAAUCUUUUAUUUGCUGAUCAUCUUAAUUUUUAUAAUGUUAUAAUGUAAUAUAAACUGAUAACGAUUAUCAAGUCUUGCAGAGUAACAUCAAUAAUAUUCUCAAGUGGUGCGAAAUAAUAGAUUAAACUUGAAUAUUUCUAAAUGUAUUAUUACGUCCAUUACACAAAUGAAAAAACGAUUAGUGUACGAAACAUUUCCAAAGUCCUGAAUGUUCAAGUGACUAGAAUUUUUCAGUUGUUGAUCAGUUUUUUAGUCCUUUUUGAAAGAAUUCAUCCAGUACCAAAAGUAAGUCAUAAAUAUAUUUUUUUUUGUCUCAUAGAGAUCUACGCUUUUGCAUCUGUACCCACGUUUAACAGUUUGUUUCUCAUUUUUCUCGCGAAACAGACGUCUUCCACGAACGAGUUUUUUCUGACAGCAUUUUUCACUGACGAUAAUUUUUUUAAUAUAAGUCUUAAAAGACUUAACAUUUUAAAAAGGCAUGUAAAGAUUACGUUUCUACGACUUUAUUACUAAAAGUAAUAAAAGUGAUCAUUUUAUUUUACUUACAUACAUACUAUUAAUCGUCUUGAAUCUGUACAAAAAAAAUUAAGUUGUUACAUUUCUUCAUGCGACCAACUUGUGUUUUAAAGGACAUUUAAUGUCCAUUCCUUAGAAAUCAGAAGAAUUAUCAAAAGUACCGCGUUUUUAUAUAAAUUAUUGGCCAAUAAGAAAGAUUGCAUUAAUUUGGUGAAUAAGAUAUUUUUUCUGCUUUCUAGAAUUGACUUACGGUAUUCCAUGACAUUUUAUUGUAUACAUUGUAAUAGUUAAUACUAAUGUUCUUUUAAAAUCGCAGUUGUUCUUUUUUAUUUCAUAAAAACUCUUGUAUUUUAAUUUUCUAGGGCUUAGGUUAUAAAUUUAAUGGUAGGCAAAUUUAAUAUUUAAUGUUAGUUUUUAUUUUUUCUGUUACCUUUGUAUUGUUUCUAGUUUUUAGUUUAAAUACAACACGUUUAUUUUAUUUUCUGUAAUUGGGUGAUCCACCUGCUAAAAAUAAAUAAAUUUUUAUUAUUA